CUCCAGGAGCAUCAACAGGAAGUUCCAGCUGGUUUCCUGUCAGCGACUGAGCGGCGUUCUGGGAGCGUUCGGAUUUUUGCUGGUUCCAGUCCUGAUCGUGUCCCUGCUUCACUUGGUGUGUGAAAGCUUUCCUCGUUCAAAGCUCAAAGUCCGGCCUGCAGGCGGAGAUGAUCGCUCCAGCAGCUCCAGGACCGCUCAGACCGCCGCCCCAGGCCUGAGGUCGCAGGGGAGCACUUCAGGAAACCGAGAGUCAGGAAUCUGGGGGGGCCCCCACAUAUGGACGGCACCUGAAGAGGGCGGAGGGAAUCCGGGAACGCCGCCAUCCGAGCCGCCGGACGCCAUCUUGAGCUCAGCUGCGCCCCCUGCUGGCCACCAUGGAGCCAGCGGCUAGCCGGUUACCGCCUCACGUCCUGGGGGAGAACGAGGCGCUGCAGCAGUUCUUCAGCGUUCUGGACAGUUCUGUUGCCGUGGAUACCAGCAUCCUGGAACAGUAUCUUAGCAACGAUGUGGACCCCAGCACCUUCAUGCUCCCUGAGUCUCCUCCGGACUCCAGUUCUGAGGCCUGCUCGCCUCCACAGAUACCAGACCUCAGCCGGGACCGGACCUCCUGGACCGUUCACCGGGACGCGUUUCCAGCUACUUCCCAACCUGUGUCCUGUCGCUUUAAGAGCCGAAGCUCCACCCCCUCCAACCCGGAGUUCCUGCCCCGCCCCUCAUCUCUCAGGUUCAGUGAGGAAAGCCCCGCCCCCUCCCACUCUAACCCCAUGACUUACGCUCAGCUUCACUCCCUGCGCCUCACUGACACUCAUAUCAAGUCUGGGACUCCGCCUACCUGGCAUCACCAGCACACACACCGUUCACCUGAACACUGUUUCACUCCAGGGAGCUGCUCCCAAGGUUACACCCCGCCCACACCCCCUUCACCCCCCCAGCCUCCAUUAAACAGUUAUGCCCCACCCUUAACCUGCCAAGGCACGCCCCCAAACAUCCCGCCCCUCCUUUCAGACGGCGAGCUUGGCUCAACACAACAAACGUGUCCCACAGCCACUAAAAAGAGAAGGAGGUCAGAGUCCGAAGAGUCAUUGACAACAACGUCCUGCUGUGAAAACGAUGGACCUCGUGGCGGUGGCGCUGGAAACGGCGUGCUUGGUCCCGGGACCUCGCAGUUGUUGACCUGGGAACCGUACAUGCUGGGACAGUGGAGCACCUUGAAGGACAGAAACCACCAGAAGCUGCCUUGUCCCGCCUACCACGUCAACACAGACAAAGGCUUCAACUACUCUCCAGCGGAUGAGGCUUUUGUUUGCCAGAAGAAAAACCACUUCCAGGUCACAGUUCAUAUCGGCAUGGCGACAGAGCCGCAUUACGUCACAACGCUCAGCGGGCCACAGGAAGUUGACCACUUCCAGAUCAAAGUCUUUGGAGUCAAGAUGGAAACUCCAGACUACCUGGUGACCAUUGAGCAGUCUCAGCCGGACCGCAGUAAGAAGCCUUUCCACCCUGUCAGAGUCAAUCUGCCCGGUGGGAAAAUAACCAAAGUGACUCUCGGCCGACUGCACUUCAGUGAGACAACAGCGAACAACAUGAGGAAGAAAGGCAAACCCAACCCUGAUCAGAGGUAUUUUCAGAUGGUAGUGGGUCUGUAUGCUGUGGUUCGAGAGGAGACGUUCCUCCUGACGGCUCUGCUGUCAGAACGGAUCAUCGUCAGGGCCUCCAACCCCGGCCAGUUUGAAGUGGACGGGGAGGCCUUGUGGCAGCGGGGGGUCGUGCCUGAGGCUGUGGUGUGCCACGGCCGAGUCGGCAUAAACACAGACUCUCCUGAUGAAGCUCUGGUAGUCUGUGGAAAUGCGAAGGUGAUGGGCGCCAUCAUCCAGCCGUCUGACUGCCGUGCCAAACAGAACAUCCAGGAGGUCGACUCUGAACAGCAGCUGAAGAGAAUCAACCAGAUGAGAAUUGUGGAGUUUGAUUACAAACCAGAAUUUGCCUCCAGUGUGGGAAUAGACCACGCCCAUCAGACAGGUGUGAUAGCGCAGGAGGUGAAGGAGCUUCUGCCGUCGGCGGUGAAAGAUGUUGGAGAUAUCGCCUGUUCAGAUGGAGAAACAAUAAACAACUUCCUAAUGGUGGACAAGGAGCAGAUCUUCAUGGAGAACGUGGGGGCGGUGCAGCAGCUGACCAAGCUCACAGACAACCUGGAGACGCGGAUCAAAGAGUUGGAGGUCUGGAACCGCCGACUGGCCAAGUUGAAGAGCCUGACAGGCAGUCUUCGCUCCACGAGGUCUCAGAGACACAAUAGCGAGUCCACAGUCCCCAGUCCAGACCUGCACAAGCCUGGAAAAGUCCAGGACGACCACCGGACGCUCACAUCCAAACACUGCCUCCGGAAGAAGAUCUUCCAGGUCAGCAUCUUCACCCUGCUGACCACCAUGGCCUUCUGCGUCAUCUCUAUCACCACUCUGUACCUCCUGACAGUAGAGAAAGACUCCGACAGCAUCCCCGGUCCGAGUAACAACAGCUUACAGCCCGCUCAUACCACAGCCUGGACCAGCACAGAAAAGCCGCUGUUGUCCUCUCUGGCCCCCACCGGCCCCCCCAGUCCCUGGCCUCCUGAUGUGGACUUCUGCGACCUUCUGUACUGUGAUGAGGUGUACUGCUGCCCUCAGUCACCAGGGGGCAGCAGAGGUCUCAACCACACGGAGUCAGAGGAGAAAGCUGUGAUGAAAGGAGCUGAAGCAGACGGACAGAACGUGUCAUCUGUGCAGCUGAGUUUCAGAGACUGGACAAACACGACCAUCCACACCUUCAUGAUCAAGGAGAGCCAGCAGGUGAUCGACAGCAGAUACUGCAUGAGGGAUGAGUGCGGGCCUGGCAGAUAUAUCUUCAGAGUUCCCGUCAGUCAGUUUGUUCCAGUCAACAUGAGGAUCACUCUGGUCAUGAAUUCCACAGAGCUGCUGGUGGUCCAUCUGUGUGACGUGGACGAGUCCAUCACCUGCUCCUCCCUGCUGGACUUUCAGUCAGUGGCUGACAGCAGAUACCCGUCAAACACACAGGGGGAGCAUGAAUGGCCUCUUCAAGUGUCUCGUCUUUAUCAGAGCUCGUAUCACUUCCGCUCCACAGUGGCUGGUCAAGCAGACUGCAGUACUGACCAUCACUACGCGGGGGCGUUCUUCACCGACUACUUCUUCAACUUCUACAGACGCUGCACCAACUAAACACAUGGAUUCACUCAAAUAUAUUUACAAAAGUCCACUUUUACACAAAAGACAGUUUUUUAACCGUUUCUUUCAAAGCUAUGAAUGUAUUUUCAGUGUUAAAUGGGAAAAACAUUUCAUUAAAACAGUAAAAACUGCAACACAAAACAAGAGUAUUCCAUAUGUUUUACUUUCAGCUGCUGCUUCUUCACAUCAGACAUGAAAUCAACUCAGAAAAUAAAACUCAGAGAUGCAGCAGAUGAGUGUUAAUACUGUCCUAAGAAAUGAUGGUUCACAUGCACUGUUUAUGGUUCUAUUUAUGGUUCUCGACCUUUUUUGUUUUCAUCAACUGGAACGUCUGGAUUUUAACGUCACGACUUAGAAAAGGAUGAAAUGGUUUGAGUGUUUUUUAAUCUUUCUUUUCUAAAAGUCUAAUUUUAUGUAAGAGAAAUGAGAAAAUAGAAAAAAGAUUUUUGGAAAAUUAAAAAUAUGUGAAAACUUU